GCCAUUUUGCUGCUCGUCAUAUUGGUGUGUGUCUGCCAUCAUUUGGCCCUGAUCAGCUGCAAGCUGCGGGGUGACGCCAUAGCGUGAGAUUUGGGGUGACGCCCAGCCCGAGUGCCCUGAAGAGAGGGGGAGCCUGCAGAAGACGAUUGGGGUGACGCCCUGCAGAAGAUCAUGAUGACGACGAUAGUGCCGGCCAGCAAGUAGAACCUGUGUUGCGGUGGGGUCCGGGGGGACGACAGGACGCUCACAGAGGACCUGUGUGGACGACGGCGUCGAGUGUGACUUUGUGGUGACGGCGACAGGCUGAUCAUGGACCAUGUUCUUAAGGUAUUGCUUCAGUUUUGUAAGGAUUACUUUGGCAAGUAUGCUCCUUCUAAGAAGGAUAUCCACGCACUUAUUUCCCGGUUAGAGCGGGAGGGGGAGUUCAAAGCCCCCCACGAGAUCCUUGAUCACCAGAGGUGGGAUGAUCUCACCUCUGAGUUUGCGCAACAUAUUAUGAGUGCUCAGGAGGGCGGGUCGGAGUUAAAAACUUGGGGUCUGAUACUAGGGGCGUUGAAAGCGGCCAGAGUAGAGGGAAAGGUAUUGGUGGAGGCUCGAUACCUUUUGGGUCUCGGCGGUGGAGGCGAGACACCGGAUUCAGGGGGGUCCGAUGGGGGCUCGGGAUCAGUUUCUUGCAGCGGCCGAGAGGAGACGGAGCCGCCAAUGACCGUUGGCGAGAUGGCGGCGGGUGAGCCGACCGCGCUCAGUUCAAAAGAAGACAAACGACAAGAGAGCGAACGUUCGUUCUGUCGUCCCCCUCCCCCGUAUCCGGACCCCUCAGGCGGAACGUUGUAUCCUUUCUCAGAAUUACGUCAGUGUUACCUGACUCAAGGGGGCGGAGGAAGCUCUGAUCUACAUGGGCAGGAUCAACUUACUGCCCACAAGGGGAGGGACCAGACGAACGGUCCGUCCAAUGCGGACAGGGGGCAUAGCCCACCGUCUCUGGUCUCUCCCAGGGGCGGUAGUGCGAGUGAUGGUGUAGAGGAGAAAGAAGGGACUGGCUUUGAGUGCAGGGGGAGGGAUCAUGUGGCGGACUGGUAUUGGAUUAGAUCGGAGGCUUUAGGGAAGGGUAUAGUUCCAGAGGCAUUCCCGGUGACUGAGUGAUCACGGUCCCAAAUGGCUGAGCACAGGAAAGGAUUCCCUGUUGCUCUGAUGUUUGCUUAAGAAUUGUAGAAGAAAGUAUUAGGAAUAGUGUGCCGAAAUAUAUUUAGGAUUAGGCGUUUUGCGUUGCUUUGCGAUGUAUGGGUUAGGCGUGUGUGUAAGUAGUAUCCAGCUUAGGGAGGGGGAGAUGUUGUAGUAGGCAUCUUGUGGGGGCACGGGAUGUAUGGGACAGGCUUCUCCCUAAGCAUAGAGACAGUGCUAUCGCGCUGACCUUGAUGCAGAGAAAACAGGAGAAGAA